UCCAUAUCUUUGACUAAAUGAAGGAACAAGGAACACGAAAAUAUUUUCAGAAAUGAAAUUCGAAAUUUCAGUUCUGUGCCCUUCCUUCCUCGGGCAGCAUUUUGACAACUUAAAACAUAACCUCAAAUUUUUUAAGUGCGAUUAUCGAAUAAUAUUAAUUUGAUUGCAUGAAUGCAUUUAACAUAAAAUAUGAGUAAUACAACGGAGAAAGCACUCAGUUUGCUUCGUUAUCUGCCAAGGGUCUGUCUUGCUAAUAUUAGAGAUAACCCUGGAGCCAAAAAAAAAUCCAGAAGAGGCCGAGCUCAACAUGGAGGUGACUAUCACGGUGCUGGCAACAAAGGUUCAAAUCAGAGGCAAAACUUUAUGCGUAUAGGUUAUGAAACUGGAAACAACCCAUUUUAUUUACGUUUUCCACAUGAACCUUAUUAUAAAGGACACCACUUGAAAAGGCAAUAUCCUCCACUAUCAUUGCUGGAUUUACAAAAAUUAAUAGAUACAAAUCGCAUUGAUACCUCAAGACCAAUAGAUUUAGUGACAAUUUUGAACACAGGACUUUACAAAUUAUUUCCGGAUCAACACCAUUUUGGAGUCCAAUUAACAGAUGAAGGUGCAGACAUAUUUGCUGCAAAAAUUAACUUAGAAGUCCAAUGGGCUUCUGAACAAGUCAUAGCAGCAGUAGAAAAAGCUGGUGGAGUUAUAACAACAGCUUACUAUGAUCCUCACAGCUUACAAGCUAUGGUUAAUACAAAAAGUUUCUUUGAAAGAGGUAUUCCCAUUCCUCGUAGAAUGAUGCCGCCUCCAGAUGCUAUAGAAUAUUAUUCAAAUCCAGGCAAUAGAGGUUAUUUGUCUGAUCCUGAAAAAAUAUCAGAAGAACGUUUAGUAUUAGCACAAAAAUAUGGAUACACAUUGCCCAAAUUAGAUAGUCGAAUAUUAGAAAUGUUAAAUGAGACAAAGGAUCCCAGGCAGAUAUUUUAUGGUUUGCAUCCUGGUUGGGUUGUCAAUUUAAAGGAUAAAGUGAUUCUUAAACCACUUGAAGAAGAGUUGAAAGAGUUCUAUGCUUUAUAGAUAUUGUAGUAAAAAUAGGAUUUAUUAGUGUUUCCAAUAAAAUAUAACUAAAACGUGUUAGUAUACAUUUUUUUUUUGUAACUAUAA